AUGGCAAAACUGUACGCCAGUUUCAAAGUUGUGAAUCUGAUGGUAUUUUUGGAAGUGGUGAUUUUUGUCAAUGGGCAUGAAUUUCAUACACGACAACAACUCAUGUACGCUGCAGAAAAUUGCGCACUACAAGGAUCAGCAUAUGCAACCAAAACUGUUCGAUCUCGUGCCAUUUGCGGAGUGAAAUGCGGCAUGGAUGAACGUUGCAAGUCGUUUAACUUUAACGACUGCAAUAAAACGUGCGAGUUGAACCUUGCCACCAGACGAGAGCAUCCCGAAGACUUCAAUGCAACUCAAGGGAGUGUGUACUUUGAUGCAGAUGAGGACACACCUCUCUCCUCAUUGACUGAUAGCUCCUUGAAUCUCUACAGAAGUUGCAAGAUGCUCUUAGAUGCCGGUUAUCAUUCAAGUGGUAUCUACACAAUCUACCCAGAGCGAUUUGAUGGUUGCAGUCUUCGUGUCUACUGUGACAUGGAAACUGACGGCGGGGGAUGGAUCGUGUUUCAGAGGCGACAAGAUGGCAGUGUGGACUUCUACCGUAACUGGGCCGAGUACCAGGCUGGCUUUGGCGAUCGGUCCGGUGAGUUCUGGUUGGGCAAUGACAACUUGGUGACUCUGACGUCUGAUGACUCACGUGGAACAUGGGAGCUACGCGUUGAUUUAGAGGACUGGGAGGGCAACACAGCAUGGGCAAAGUACUCAGAUUUCAAAAUAUCCCCGGGUGAGUACAAUCUGAAUAUUGGCCAGUACGAUGCCAGCAGCAGUGCCGGUGACUCUCUUGCGUAUCACAGAGGACGUCCCUUCACAACAAACGACCAUGACAAUGAUGCAUCUGGAUCAUAUCAUUGUGCACAAUCCCUCCACGGGGCCUGGUGGUUUGGUUGGUGUUCGCACUCCGACUUGAAUGGUGAAUAUUACCCAGAUGAGCAUGCAGCCGCUCAUGAAAAAGGCGUGUAUUGGCACUACUGGAAAGGCCAUUCCUAUUCUCUGAAAACCAGCCAGAUGAAACUCCGUGCGAUGCGGCAAUGAAUACUUUUUGCGAACGUGACAUUAGGUUGGUUAUUGUUAACUCAAUUUUUUUUUUACCAAGGCUGAUGCGCUCGCCGGCAUGUCAAUUUUCCAAAGUGACCGAGCCUACCGGACUGUGGAUGUUCAAUCCCUGCACGGCCAUGAUAAGUAAUAGAUGAAAACAAAAAUGGAAAAAAAAGACUAUGGGGAAACUGUGCAUUGCUAGAAAAAUGAAUAAUAGAUGUUAGGCAGGUUUACCUGAAAUGCGGCUACGAGGCUUAAUUUAACACAUACAUGAUGCAUAUACAUCUUCCUAUUUUGGGCACUAUCAGACAAUGGGUGGGGCUGUUCAUUGUUGCACAAUAUUGAC